UCUCACCAACCCAGAGAUCCCAGGCAUGCAAGGGGAUCCACAGGUAGUGGCCGAUCUGGGCCGUGGGGUGGAGCAAGUGUGAGAGGGGGCACAGCCGGCAUAAAUGCACUCACACAUACUUGCACAUUGUCAGAGGUACCACCUGUUAACAGGCUGUCAGAUGAGCGCUCCAGCCUGGGCGUCAGGCUACCAGGGUGGUAACAGCCCCGGAUCUGCCACUCAAAGUGUGAUAUUAACCUCCCAUGUCCCCUCUCUGAGCCUCAAUUUCCUCUCAUGCAGAAAGGGCGUAGUGACUGAUAUGGAUUUCCCUGCUGUGCCCUGUGGGGCUUUCACUAAAUUGGACUUUAUGAUGACUCGGGGAUAUCACCCAAGUCUUGCUGACUUUGACCCAUGUCCAAGACUCUUCCCUGGGCUUCAAACCCUCAUGGAGAAGUAAGGUAGAUAUAUCAGCAACUUGGGUUGGAUUUGCCCCCCUCCCAUCUGCUAUGUCCUCACCCUCCAUCCUGCCUGGAGGUGUCCAUCACCUAAUUCAUGGGAGUGUCCCCUAGGAAACUGAGAAACCCACCUCAGACGCAUAUGCAACUGUGCCAGGCUUGCACAAGUGGAGGGAGCUCAGUGAUAACUUUUGGCCGUCUCCCCACUCCCAUCCCCGACCCCCAUGAGCUCCAUGCCCAGGAGACCUGGCUGGGCCCAGGCCAGGGGCCUGGAUUGAGACCCCUGGGUCGAGUGACCAGAGCCGGAGGGCUCCUGUCUGAGGACUCCAGCUUCUUUUCCUCAGGUGCCCAUCAGAUGGGGAGAUGGCUGAUGCACAGAACAUCUCGCUAGACAGCCCAGGGAGCGUGGGUGCUGUGGCAGUGCCCGUGGUGUUUGCCCUCAUCUUUCUGCUGGGCACAGUGGGCAAUGGGCUGGUGCUGGCUGUGCUGCUGCAGCCCAGCCCGAGCGCCUGGCAGGAGCCCGGCAGCACUACGGACCUAUUCAUCCUCAACCUAGCGGUGGCCGACCUCUGCUUCAUCCUGUGCUGCGUGCCCUUCCAGGCCGCCAUCUACACACUGGACGCCUGGCUCUUUGGGGCCCUCGUCUGUAAGGCUGUGCACCUGCUCAUCUACCUCACCAUGUAUGCCAGCAGCUUCACGCUGGCCGCCGUCUCGGUGGACAGGUACCUGGCCGUCCGGCACCCGCUGCGCUCGCGGGCCCUGCGCACGCCGCGCAACGCCCGCGCCGCCGUGGGCCUGGUGUGGCUGCUGGCGGCGCUCUUCUCGGCGCCCUACCUCAGCUACUACGGCACGGUGCGCUACGGCGCGCUGGAGCUCUGCGUGCCCGCCUGGGAGGACGCGCGCCGGCGCGCCCUGGACGUGGCCACCUUCGCCGCCGGCUACCUGCUGCCCGUGGCCGUGGUGAGCCUGGCCUACGCGCGCACGCUGCGCUUCCUGUGGGCGGCCGUGGGCCCCGCGGGCGCGGCGGCGGAGGCCCGGAGACGGGCCACGGGCCGCGCGGGGCGCGCCAUGCUGGCGGUGGCCGCGCUCUACGCCCUCUGCUGGGGCCCGCACCACGCGCUCAUCCUCUGCUUCUGGUUCGGCCGCUUCGCCUUCAGCCCGGCCACCUACGCCUGCCGCCUGGCCUCGCACUGCCUCGCCUACGCCAACUCCUGCCUCAACCCGCUCGUCUACGCGCUCGCCUCGCGGCACUUCCGCGCGCGCUUCCGCCGCCUGUGGCCCUGCGGCCGCCGCCACCGCCGCCACCGCGCCCGCCGCCGCGUCCGCCCCGCCACCGCGGGCCCCGCCGGCCGCCCCGGGGACGCACGGCCGCGAGGGAGGCUGGCGGCGGGCGGCGGCCGCGGCGGGGCCCCCGGGGGAGAGGCCGCGCGCGCCGCAGGGGCUGGCCGAGCCCCGUCCGCCCUGGGCCCCGAGUGA